GGCUAAGCGGUUCCUGGCUCUGUACAUGCGGACGGUAGAGCAAGUUUGCAGUCCAGAUGUCUGUUGCCAAUUCCAAAUAUGCUCUUGCCUAAUAAAUGUCUCCAACGCGCAAAAUGGCUUACUUCGGCCGCUUCGUGCAAGACCGCCGCAUUCGGCCGCCCUGGCUUAGCCAUGUCAAUCUUCAUUACUAUUCGUCAAUUCAUUAUUGCCAUUUCUCCAUGGUAAUACUGCUUAUAGACAGAAACCCACCAACAACCAGAACGUGUCUCGUCUGGUUCAUCACUGGCUCUUCUCGAGGAUUGGGACUCGCUCUCACAGAAGCAGCCCUCGAAACUGGCGCGUCUGUCAUUGCGACCGCUCGGAACCCCGCAUCACUCGACCAUUUGGUCCAGAAGUACGGCGCAAAAAUUUACCCUCUACCUCUCAAUGUUACCAUGAACGACCAAGUUCUUGCAGCAGUGAAACGAGGACACGAACAUUUCGGGCACAUUGACGUUAUUGUCAACAAUGCUGGGUAUGCAGACCUCGCAUCCGUUGAAGAUACCACUAUCGAAUCGUUCCGUGAGCAGUUCGAGACAAACUACCUCGGUGUGGUAUAUGUCACCAAAGCAGUCCUUCCAAUCCUCCGAGCACAAGGCUCGGGACAUAUCAUCAACGUUUCUUCGGUCGGAGGUCGUAUGGGAACGCCAGGACUUUCCGCAUAUCAAAGUGCCAAGUGGGCAGUGGGUGGGUUUUCAACUGUGCUGGCGCAAGAAGUCGGAGCAUUGGGAAUCAAAGUCACCGUCUUGGAGCCCGGGGGAAUGAAUACUGAUUGGGCAGGCUCGUCGAUGAGCACUCCUCCUAUCAGUGAGCCAUACAAACAAAGUGUUGGUGCAUUCGCCGAGAUACUCAGGAAGUAUGCAGGUCAAGCCCCUUCGUCACUUCAGAAGAUAGCUAGCGUCGUGGUCAAGCUGUCAGGUAUGGAAGAGGUUCCUUUGAGAUUGAUGGUUGGUUCAGAUGCCGUUCAUUUCGGCGGUCAAGCAGGAGAGGCCUUGAAAGCCGAAGAUGAGAAAUGGAAAGAUCUGAGCUUAUCAGUUGCUGAGCAGGAAUUCACAGGACUGCCUGGAGUUGCCAAAGAUUAAUUGAC